UCUGGGACACAAACAGUGGUCGGUAUGAAUAGCUUUUACAGCGACAUUAGCAGCACUAUCCACCGUGGAAUGAGGUCGACGAGACAAAACAACACCUUGCAAGCGGCGCGAGGACAAAUUGAUGUCUCUAGCUUGUUUUUUUUCCUUUCCAUCUUUUCCCGCUGUGGAGCGCGUGAGAAGAGGAGCUUGAGUCAGUAACGGCGGUUUAGUCUCUGAAAUGCAACGCUGGACUUUAUGUAUACACCGAGCUGGUUAGCUAACGACGGGAGUCGAUUAGCCUUGCAGGAAUUUGUGCUAGUGGGUUAGCUGAAUGAAAAUGCUGAAGAAGUGUUAAACUUCAUGCACAGGCUUUUUCCUUGCCAUAUUGGCCCUGUCCUCAGAGCCCGUCUUUCUCCGGUCCUAGGAGCUUUUUUUCAUCUUUUAACUCAACCUUGUCCGGAGCCGAAUGAUGACAACUCUGAAUAUGGCGUGUGUUGGAGACAAUUGCAGAACCUACAACUUCAAGUCUCUGGACUGGCACAUUACCCAGCUAGUGUAUCCAAGAUAAACAUUGCCAGAUCAAGCUAUUCAUGCAAUGGCAGUGGAGAGGGACGUCUACCUUCUCGUCUUUCUACACCUUCGCCGUCAGAGCAGCACAUCAAUGGGUUACUGUUGGUGAAGUCAUCAUCGUCGUCAUUAACAAAGUUUAUAUUUGUUGUCUCCAAUAAAGCUCAAUAGAUAAGCAGCCUCGGCCUCAUGGACUUGAGCUGGAUAUAAAAUCUGUCUGGAAACUUUACAUCAUAGCUGUCUCCAGGUCGGACAGGUCAUCUGUGCCCUGCUGCUGGUCCCCAGGGCUUGUUGGAGGGCCAUCAUGUCAAUGUCAGGGGGCACGACUGUGCAGCUGUUCACCAAGCUUGUAAAGCAUGCAGUGGGCAAGAUGCAGAUUCAGCUGAACCGCUGGCUGCAGAGAACUACCACAGAUGACUGUGACAAAAUUGACAUCCUAAUAUGCAGUGCCUUUGAUGAGAGAGGGGUCGGCAUAGGGAAGUCAGAUGGGGACCCUGAGGUUAUCAUCGACACAAGUGGAGCGGCUUUCACCAGCAAUGGAGAGUUCAGACAUCCGUGUUGUAUCACCACCUUCUGCUUCAAGAGUGCCCUGCUGGCAUGCAUCCUGACUGCUGUGUGCUUCUCCUCGGUUGCCCUUGUGCGGCAAUACCUCAAGGAUCUCCUGCUCUGGGUGGAGAGCUUGGACAGCUUUGUUGGAGCCAUGCUGUUUAUAGUUGGGUUGAUAAUUGUGUCCUUUCCAUGUGGAUGGGGAUAUAUUGUUCUUAAUGUGGCAGCUGGCUACCUCUAUGGCUUUGUGCUGGGAAUGGGACUAGUUAUGGUGGGAGUUUUAAUAGGGACCUUUGUGGCACACCUGGUGUGCAAACGGUUAUUGACUGACUGGGUGCUGAACAAAGUUGGGAACAGUGAACAGCUCAGUGCUGUAAUACGAGUGGUGGAAGGAGGAAGUGGACUCAAAAUUGUGGCCUUAGCCAGACUCACCCCCAUACCAUUUGGGCUCCAAAAUGCAGUUUUCUCGAUCACAGAUGUGUCCUUGCCAAACUACCUGGUGGCCUCCUCUGUGGGUCUGUUGCCCACGCAGCUUCUCAACUCCUACCUGGGCACCACGCUUCGGACUAUGGAGGACGUCAUUGCUGAGCAGAGCAUCAGUGGAUACUUUGUCUUCAGCCUGCAGGUCAUCAUCAGCAUCGGCCUGAUGUUCUACGUCGUGCAUCGGGCUCAGGUCGAGCUGAAUGCAGCCAUCGCUGCCUGCCAGAUGGAGCUGAAAUCAUCGCACAUGAACGGCUCCUCCACCAAUCACAGCAGCUUCAGCUACUGCAGCAAGAGGGCGACAGCUGGCAGCGGAAACUGCAUCAACGUGGUGUGACCUCAACUGACUGCACGUGCCGAAAGCCCUCAUGACUUGGUCACUGACUCGUAAGACUAUGUUGCCUAGGGGAACUUCAGACGGUGUCCAGAGCAUGCUGGUGGCAUUUUUUUUUUUUUUUUAUCAUUUUCAUCAUGACAUCUGAUUUUUGACCACCCAUGUGAGGAAAACCCUGAAAGCGUCUUAAACAUGCAGGACAACGCACCGCUGAUGAAUUGGUGCUGUGAAAAUGGUUUUGCGGUACAUCAUCACAGAAGUUUUGUACUCAGUUUUUCUGCUUUGGUACUUUUGAACAUCAGCUGUUACGGGAGAUGUCAAUGAAAUUAUAAUAUUUAGAAAUCUCAGAGGGGGGUGUAAAAGAUUUCCAGGCAUUAACUGCCUGAUGAUAUUAUGAAUGUGCAAUCUGGAGCUUUCUAGAGAACCAAGGAACUGAUUUUCCAUUUCCGUGUCAAAGGAAUGCCAACCUAUGCACCUUUAUUUCAAACGCUGUUUUUGUUUUAUAUCUGGUGAUUAUGGUUGUCUACUUCCAGUGCUCUUUUACAAUAUUAAAAACUAAGGGCAUUAUUGGGAUUUUUGGAUGAUUUGCCUAUUUAGUCCAGUUAAUUUUUUUAAGUGUCUUAUUUUUGGACUAUAAAAAAAAAGGAAGAUAAGCUCUCAGUGAGCAUUAAUGGCCUCUCCGAUUAUGUGAUUUCUACUGGUUUAUGACCACAUCAGCUGAAUCGGCUACGAGUGCCUGGAGAUGGUUUUGUACAUGUAAAAGCAGCUGGAUGAAGAGUAUGUUUCAUAUCAGGAAACUCAGGAAUGUUUCUGCCAGGAGAUACAGCUUGUUCUGCUGCUGGAAAGUGAGACGUCCUGUUAAACUUUCAUUUAAUUUUUGUCUUGUUUCACAUUGGCUUUUUUUACAUUUUCUAACAUAGCUGUGAGAGUAUAUACGUAAAGGAUUAUUAAAUAAUUUUUUAUUUAAAUUUGACAAUUCAGUGCAAUACACCUUGAAGCGAUCAUGAAAAGGGGGCAUGAAUGUCAUAUUCAGUGCUGAAACCAAACUAAUCAGAAAUGCUCUCAUGCAUACUAAAUAACACAAACCUAAGUACGUUUUAGGUUUUACUUACAGGUGAGUAAGCUAGCUUGAGAAAAUUUUAUUUUUUAUGUGCCAUAAAUUAAUACAACAAUGUUUUACUUAAUUACUUUGUGUUGGUAGACAUUACCAGUGAACCAUUUUUGUGAUUUUUAGUUUAAUACAACAAAUUCUAAUGGUAUAGAUUCUUUUGCACAGUCCAACAGACUAACAUGAUUUCCAUAUGAGCGUAUUUAGAAAUGAGGGUUUGUUGGAGAAAAGUAGAACUGGAUGUGACUGUAGUUGACAAUCGAACCUAACGUGGACACUACAUGAUGAAUGUGAUACUGCGUUUUCUUUUUACAUUUAUUGUGAUACUGCUCCCCAGACAACGUCUGGUUGAGUAAUAAUAAGGGCUCCUAUAUUAAAUAUCCAUCUCUAUAUCCCCCAUGAACCUGUUUUGUAAUGCUGGUAGAAUUUCCUUUGCUUUUCAGUUUAGUUUUUGUACAAACUUUUUCUCUAAAGGUCAGAAUCAAUGUUUGUCCAGACGCAUUCCACGCUGUCAGCGCUCUGAAAGGCUGUUAGUUCUUUUCAUGCUAAGUGUAGGUUUAAGGGCCCCUUCCUGUUUGAAAUUAGCAAUAAUGUUUGACAGUGAAAAGCAAAAAAAAAAGAAAAAUAUUUUAUUACAUCCGUAAGAUCUUUAGCCAAGUGUUGUUCAGCCCCCUUGUUGAAGAUCUGUUUGUUUAAAAGAAAGGAAAAAUAAUUUGAGUUGUAAGUCUACCUGUAUUUCACUGUAAAAUUGUCAUCAUUCCUAGGUUUGUGUUACAGUGUUCAACCUGCCUUUUACCUCCUGCUGCCUCUGAUGGAAAUGUCUGCGCUGCCUCUGAUGUGAAAGAAACUGUUGAUGAAAGCGGCUUGCUCAGUUUUGUAGCACUUUGUUUAGAGAGUCCCUAGAUUUAAAAAUAUUUAGAGAUCCUGUGUCUCCCUAAUUCAGCAUCAGACUGAAACGCUCCAAGUUUAGGAGUCAAAUUAAAAACCUACCAUGGAAGAGGAUGUUUAUGGCUGCUAGAGUUCCAAAAAAACUAUUUUUCCACACUUCACAAUCUUUUGAAAAUAUGGAAAUUUUUCUUUUUUUUCCCUAUUUUUGAUUAGAACAUGUUUUUUAAUGUCACCUUACAGAGUCUCUCCCCCCCAAAAAGUGCUAUUUAGGAAGUCGUUCUGCUUGGAUGGGGAAGAGAAGUGGAUGUUACACCAUGUUUAAUGCAAAAAUCAAACACACAAAACUUGAUCGGCCACUCUAUACACCCUAUCAUAUUAUAGCCUCUCAACUGGAAUUAAAGAUUGUGGGAAAAUUGGUGAUUUUCACUAAAGGCUUUGGUUCUUCACAGGUGGGCUCUACUUAACUUUAGAUAUAGUUAUGCAACAACUGAUUCCUGAGGGAAGUAUGUUUCAUAGACACCCACACAGGACCUGAACCUGGUAUUUAACUACACACCUGAGAGAAGGGCAGUGUGAUUAUUGGGUCAACUCAAGGGUCAUGUUCGGUGCUAUGAAACACAAUACUUCCCUAUCUGUAUCAAGUGCAUUACACAUAUACUGUAUUUUGUAAUACAGAGAAUUUUACAGUGUAUAAAUAUUAUUUAUCACUGUACGAUGCUUGUUCAGUGUUAUUUAUGAAGGAGAAAUUAAACUUGUCAGAAUUUGUUACAA